AUUGCACGAUAACAGGCCGGUAUAGUCGCCGCGUCGUCCGCCGGCUCCAGUCCGCGACCGACCCUCGUACAGGACGAACGUACCGCGCAACACACACACAAACAUGUCUACCAAAGUGGAAGCCCCCGCUGUCUGCAACAGCUGCAAUGCCGUCAUCAGUGGAAGAAUAGUAACAGCGUUAAACAAGAAGUGGCACCCGGAGCACUUCACGUGCAACACGUGCCGCAAGCCCAUCGACGGCGCCAAGUUCCACCAGCACGACGGCGGCGUCCACUGCGUGCCUUGCUUCGCCGCUCACCACAGCCCCCGGUGCCAUGGCUGCGGGGAGCCCAUCACUGAUCGCGUGAUCCAAGCGCUGGGAGUGUCGUGGCACGCUCACCACUUCGUCUGCGGCGGAUGCAGAAAGGAGCUUGGAGGUGGCGGUUUUAUGGAACAGGCUGGCAGGCCCUACUGCUCAGCGUGCUACGCAGACAAGUUCGCGGCGCGUUGCCACGGCUGCAGCAAGCCCAUCACCGACAAGGCCAUCAUCGCACUCGACGCUAAGUGGCAUCGCGAUUGCUUCACUUGCAUGAAAUGCACGAACCCAGUGACCGACGCAACAUUCUCCGUGAUGGACAACAAACCUCUUUGCGGCAAAUGCGCCUAAAGCACGCACACACUUAUAUUUAUUCACCCAUCGAGUAGCCACGAGUACGGAGCUUUAUUUAAUGCUUCUCAAAGAUUUUAUAAUUUUAACCUUAAAAGCUACGGGAUAAGAGCGAUUUUAAAGUAAAUAAAGUUUUAAGGUGCCUUGUACAAUUUUGAACUGUUGAUAAUAAUAUAAUUAUGAUUCCAAAGUUAGUCAUUGUGUAAUUUGAUAGAUAUUCUUACUUUGUCUGUCUUUUGCAUUUACUUAAUUAUUAAAGUGUUGAAUCGCUCAGCCAUAUUGUCUUUGAGAACGCAAUUUAAAUGCUAAAAUAUAAUAAUAACGUAGGUUUUACGGAGUUACAAAGUUUUAAAAAGAUACAGCAGUUAUAUGACAGUAUUUAUAAGUAACACACAUUUUUCAUUAUUCUUUAUGACGCUGACCAACUUUUGGAGUCAAAAAGGUUUGGUUCAGUCCAAGUUAUGUGCCUUAACUAUCCGGCUGUAUGUGAAAUCAUGAGACAAACCACAAUACUUGCCCACUGACAUCUUACGGGGCACUUUUGUAUUGUCGAAUCACCACAGCCAAUCAGAGAGCUGCGCGUGCGAGUACCGUGGACAAUUGACCAAUAAGAACAUUGUAUUUUUCGCACACGCGCAGUAUAUCUAAUUUAAAUUUACGGCCGGAUGGAACACAGCUAAGUGCGCAAGUCCAAGUGGAGUUUGUGCAAAUCUAAGCAAAAAAUUAAAACAUUUUAAAUUGUUGUAAAUAAUUGUAUUUAAAUUUAAUAAUAGUGCUGUGAUGCUUUUGGGCUUUCGAUUGUAUUUAUUCAUUUAUAUAUUAAAGUAUUCACAUGUUAAAAUGAGCUAGAUUUUAUACGCUUUUCCGAAAUGGUUAUUUUUCCAAUAAAUUAUUAAAUUUUUGUUUUGA